GUAUCAGGACGCAGGAACCCACACGAGGUCCUGUUCACCAUGGGGACCCUCAGCUGCGACCCAGCGACUAGGCUGACCACAGUACCCCUGGCCCGGCGGGUGGCUGAUGGACACAUUCCGGAGACCGGGCUGAGGAAAUCCUGUGGAAUGGCCACCUUGGAGAAUGGCUCCGGACCUGGCUUGUAUGUUCUUCCGUCCACCGUUGGCUAUGUCAAUCACGAUUGUACCAAGGCAGCCAGUCCUGCCUACUCACUCGCUCGGAGGCCCAGUGAAGCACCUCUCCAGGAUUCCAGCCCAGGACCUGUCUACUUCUUGGAUCCAAAAGUUACUCGCUUUGGCCGUAGCUGUCCCCCUGCCUACUCCAUGCAGGGCCGGGGCAAGGUUAGAGGUCUGGAGGUGACACCAGGACCUGGGGCCUACAGCCCAGAAAAGGCACCCCCAGUACGCCAGCGGAAUGCCCCAGCUUUCACUCUGGGCUUCCGCAUCCGACAGAAGCCCCCAGACACCUCUGUUCCUGCCCCCAAUGCCUACACCAUGCCACCCCUCUGGGGAUCGCAGAUCUUUAUCAAACCCAGCAGUCCCAGCUACACAGUUGUGGGCCGCACACCCCCUGCACGUCCUCCUCAGGAUCCUUCAGAGAUUCCAGGCCCUGGGCAGUAUGAGAGUCCGGACCCCAACACCUACCGGCAGCGUAGGCCGGCCUUCAGCAUACUGGGGAGACCUCGGACACCACGGCCCCUGGAGGACACACCUGGUCCUGGUACCCACAACCCAGAACAGGUCACUGUUAACCGGGCCCGGGCCCCGGCAUAUACCAUGGGCAUUCGUCACUCAAAGCGGGCAUCCACCAUGGGAGGGGACACCAAAUGCUGACAGCUGCAGGGCACAGGCAGCUGGGGCCUCUCCUGGGCCCUGUUUCCUCAGAGUGAAACAGAGGAGGUGUCUCCCUCCCCGUCUGCAGUCCGAGGUCCUUUGAGGCCACCUGAUCUUUCUGUCCCUGGGGCCUGUGACCCAAGGCUCCAUACAGGGUGAGGGUGAGCCUCCUUCCCAGGUCAGACCAGGCCAGGGAGAAGUGUCCCUUUCCCUGGCUGGACAUGGAGCCGUGUGUCCUAGAAUUCAGUGUCCAGGCCGCUUGGGUUUCUGCAGAUGAGGCCGGAGAACUCUCCUGGAGGUGGCCCUGCAGCCUCUGCCCUUCUCACCCCACCCUUUAGAGUUGCUUGCCAAUAAAUCAUUCCUCCAUCAAC